AUGAAGUAUGAUGCCAUCAACAUAAAAAAACUUUUAAAAGAUCAACCAACAAAAUACGUGCUUGUGGACAAUAAAAAUGUCAAUCAUGCAAAACCGUCUCCAUGCUGGAAAAAGUUUGGUCUUCCGGCAAUAAGAGAUGAAAAUAAUCGUGACAGUGUUAUAAACAAAUUCGCAUCAUGCCGAUCCUGUUUCACAACUUACACAUAUACACAUGGAUCUACGAAAUCGUUAAAUUCUCACAAAUGUCCAAAAGAAUUACCAUUUACAUCAUCACCUAUUUCAUCAUUGAAUUCCAAAUCCUCUUCUGUGUAUUCUAACAACAGUCCUUUAAUUAGUGCAAAGAAAAAAACAAUAACCAAAUUAAUUGGCACAUGGGUAUGUCAAAAUAUGCGACCAAUCAGCAUCGUCGAGGACGAAGGUUUUAUAAGUAUCAUUCAAAAAUGUUUAACUUGGAAUACUGGUUCUUUAUCAAAUAUUAGUGGAAAUGAUAUUGUACCAUCACGCUGGUCCAUCUCACGAGAAAUCAGUAGACAAGCGGAUGAUAUUCGUGCAUCUCUAGGUGGUGUAUUGAAAUCUGCAGCUGAACAGGGCGUUUUAGCAAUUAGUCCGGAUCUAUGGAGUGAUAAAUUCAAGCAAAAUAAUUAUCUGGGAAUUACAGGGCAUUUUAUCGAUGAACGCAAUAGUUUACAUUCGAUCGAAUUAUGUUGUGAACCUUAUACUGAAAUAAACAAACGUGCACCAAAUAUUCGCAAGGCCAUCACUUCUGCUCUUUCUAAGUUUGGACUUGAUGAUUGUAUGAACAAAAUAACUUUCGUAUGUGAUCGUGGUAGCAACUUAGUAAAAGCGUUGGAAGAUUAUCAAGUCGUACAUUGCUUUCCUCAUCGAUUGAAUAAUGCGCUCAAGCGAGCAUUCUAUAGUGCAGGCACUCGAGACAAAACGGAAAGAAAAAAAGAAAAAAAAAACUCGAAUAACGAUCAACGUAUUACUCCAUCAACAUGGAAUGAUUUUACCACUCGUGACGACGAUGGACUUAUGGAUUAUGACGAUCGAGAUUCUAGUGAAAGUGAAUGUGAUGAUGAAGUGGUUCUUGAUGAAAAAUCAAUUGAAUUAGCUCUUCGAAGUUUAUCAUCAUCGUCGUCACCUGAAAGUGAUCAUAUAAAUGUACUCGAAGAAAAUUUGCCUCCUUAUGCCGCUCAAAUACUUGCAGUGAUAAGUCGAUGCAAGCAAUUAUGCUGUUAUGUUAAGAGAGUAAUGUCUAUAGAAUAUCACAGCUGA